AUGCAUCCUAUUCCAAGUCAUAAGCGAGCAAAGCUUGCGAAAGAGUAUGAAAGACUGAAAGCUCAGUGGCUAUCCAUAACCGAGGAUCAGGAGUCGCGGUUUUUCAGCUAUAGCAAGCGAAAAGGCCUUGUAGAGAAAGACGUUGCUCGCACUGAUCGCUCGAUGGAGUUCUUCAGCGGUGACGCAAAUCCGAAUCUCACAAUGUUGCAAAAUAUACUCAUGACCUAUGUGAUGUAUAAUUUCGAUCUUGGUUAUGUGCAAGGAAUGAGCGACUUUGCGUCGCCUCUCGUCUAUGUUAUGGGAAAUGAAGUAGAUGCAUUCUGGUGCUUUGUUGAACUGAUGAAGAAAAUUCAACGAAAUUUCGAGAAAGAUCAAGCUGCCAUUAAGCUCCAGAUGUAUCAACUGCGGGAUUUGGUGAUGAUAGUGAACCCACAGUUAGCAAAUUACUUAGAAAGUCACCAAUCUGACGAUAUGUAUUUCUGUUUCCGAUGGGUCCUUGUGUGGUUCAAACGUGAGCUUUCAUUUGCCGAUACGUGCAAGCUGUGGGAGGUGCUAUGGACAGGUCAGCCAUGCCCAAAUUUUCUGCUUUUGGUGUGCGUCGCUAUACUUGACGCACAAAUGAACACUAUAAUCGAUAACAAGUUUGGCCUUACGGAAAUUUUAAAGCAUGUCAAUGACCUAUCAAUGCAUCUUGUUCUCGAUGAUGUAAUGACAGCCGCUGAAGCCAUUUUCCACCAAUUGUCCGCUAGCCAAGACAAGUUGCCAGCGCAUAUAUGCGAAUAUCUCAAUCUUGGUGAAACUGCCAAUUGA